UUGUCUGCAUCCGUUUGCGUGUCGCCAUGGUCGCAAAGAAUCAGUGUGAGGUGUGCGAGAGCAGUACAACGAAGUACUGCUGCCCCGCGUGCGAGACGCGCACGUGUUCCCUGCCGUGCGUCAAUGCACACAAGGAGCUGAGUGGCUGCACCGGCCGGAGGGACCGCACAAAGUACGUGCCCACCAGCGACAUGGGGGACCUCACGUUGCUUAGCGACUACCGCUUUCUGGAAGAGGUCGACCGCACGGUCGACAACGGAGUGCGGAGCGAGCAAGCGCGUCGGCGUGACUACACGCUCUUCAUGCACAAGAUGACGCAGAAGGCGCGCAUACGCGGCAUCGACCUGCGAUUGAUGCCGUCGUCGUUCAGCCGUCGCCGCGGCAACGCGACGUUCUACCACGCACGCGCCGACGCCUUCUUCUGGCAGCUGGAGCUCGUCUUCCCCGCGGCCGGGGCAGCGGCGGGGUUCACUGAGCGCAAACUCCACGAGAGCACCCACCUCAGCGAUGUUCUCGGUAAGUAUCUCGGCACAGCAGCCGACAUGGAGCUGAGCGGGCGUCUGCGCGCCGCGUAUGGGGAUCGUCGGCCCGCCGAUGUCGUCGUGUUGAUGGCGGCGGAGGGUGCGCAGCGGCAGCGUUACCACCGACUAGCCGUCUCACACAGCCUGGCCGAGAACCUGCGAGGCAAGACGGUCGUCGAGUUCCCAAAGUUGUAUGUUGUGCUACCGCAGUGUGCGCACGAGUAUCCUGAUGUGGCGGGAGGGGGACCGUCUACGCAUGUGAAGGAGAGGGAGGGCGAGGCAACCAACCCAUCCAGUAAAAGGGUAAAGUUGGAGACGAACUCUGAAGGCAAUGUUGACCAAGAUGUCCAGAACCUUCCUGCAAGUGUAGGUCCACACAAAGAACAACAUAAUUGUGUUGAUGACAGUGUUAAAGAGGAAGGGGAGGUCAGUGACAAAGAUGAGCCGUAGGCCAGCCAAAGGGUACGCCCUUCGACUGCAGCAUCAUAGCAAAUAAUCAAGGAGAGGGAGAAUAAUUCUUUGCCGUUCAAUAUUGACGAGUUUAUUGUAAAAUUCCAUUUAGGUGACCUUAUUUUGAACAUGCAAACGCUAUCAUCGCUUUCUGUCUGUGAAGAAUAUGAGUGUGAAUGCUGUGCGCAAGUAUUACACUUGGUAUAUAAUAAAUGUUAGUGUGUUAGUAUCAGUAGUUCUA